AUGGCCACCCUGGUUCCUGGUGUCCUCCUCAAGCUCCUCCAGCAUAUGAACACCGACGUGAAGGUCGCCGGUGAGCAUCGUUCCUCCCUGCUGCAGGUCAUCAGCAUCCUCCCCGCACUCGCCGGCGGCGACCUGUUCCCCAACCAGGGAUUCUACCUCAAGGUCUCCGACUCCUCCCACGCCACCUACGUCUCCCUCCCCGACGAGCACGACGAUCUCAUCCUCAGCGACAAGAUCCAGUUAGGGCAGUUCAUCUAUGUCGAUCGGAUUGAGGCUGCUUCUCCUGUUCCGAUCCUCCGAGGAGUGAGGACAGUCCCCGGUCGCCAUCCAUGCGUCGGCAGCCCCGAGGAUGUCGCAGCCACGCGACCCCGAGGAGGAUUCCCAAAUGCGGAGAAAUCGUCGCCGCUGUCGCCGUUGACGGGUGGCUUCAAGGUCGGCAAUGGAGAUCCUCCUCCCUCCGAGAAGGAGAAGAGCAGGUUGGGGAGAUCAGACGGCGCCGCCAGAUCGAAGGAGGUGGAGAAGACGAAGAAGCAGGCCUCUCUGAGUAGAGCGGUUUCUUCCUUGCCGGCGAAGAAGAAGGCUGGUUCCUCUGAACUGAGGCUUAAAUCAGAAAAGUCUCUGUCUGUGCCUUCCUCGCCGACCUCUGUGUACUCCAUUCCUGCAUCAUUCGAGAAGUUCUCUGCAGGAAUCAAGCAGCAAUCGAAGAUCAAAGGGAGAGACAAGGCGGCAGCUCCUUCGAAGCCGGGCUUGCUGGAGAAGGCAGCUUCUGUUUUUAGGUCAAACACCAUGGGGAAGAAGCUUCCCUCUGGCAACCCGGUGAUUGGGUUUGAUUUGGGUUCCAGGGCUCUGAGGAAGAGCUGGGAGGGGAGCGCAGAGACCAGCGGGAGAGACAAUCCGAGCUCUAGGAAGGCAGAUGCAGCAAGCUCUUCUUCCGUGAGAUCUUCUUCCUCUUCUGAGAAUCCAGAGGGACUGCUCUGGGAUUUUCUUCUAGUUUACUGUGAUUUUCCUUUUUUCCCGAAUCAGGUUCUUCAGAGGAAGCCAACAGGCGAGAAGCCCUCCUCCAGGGAAGAUGGCAAGAUCCAGACUCCGCCCAGAAGAGGAAAUGUGGGUGGAGCUUCGGGAGAGCCUGAGAAGCCUGCCAGGCCACCAUCCCUGGUGGAGAAGAAGAAGAAGGACCCUGAAUCUGCGAGCAAUGGGAUCCCGAGCAACCUUGUGAAGUUCAACCACAACAACAGGAGGUUGACUGAUGGGAGCACCUCGUGGGCUCAGCUCCCGCCAGCCCUCUCAAGGCUCGGAAAGGUGUGACCAUCGUCCCCUUCCCCUCUCCUUGAUUUCCAGUUUUGGUGCUCAAUACCAGUCUAUAUGUACAUAAAUUUCAAAAAUAUAUUUAUAAAUUGUGCUGGGUUGCUGCAUAUUGAGCUAUAAUUAGCCCUGAAGCAUCCCGCUCGGGGGUACUUUACUGAAUCCUCGCAGGACCGAGCCUGUUUGACCAGCCUAGAUGACGCCAUUUUCAGUGCUCGAAUGGGUGGAUAUCUAUAAUCGGCAGGCGCAAGAUUGGGAUUCCUUCAAUUGGAUUAUUUUCAGCAUAAUUGAUCUUCAUUAUGAUACAUUUCAGGAAGUUUCUCGCCGUCGGGAUUCUGCACAGCUGGCUGCGGUCCAGGCCAUGCAGGAAGCCUCUGCGGCCGAGAACUUGAUCCGGUGUCUGAGGUAGUAGAAAUAAUAUCCCUCUUAUCAGAAAAAUAAAAAUGAAAACAUUAGCAAGUGAACUUUGCUGUUCUUAAAUCUUUGAAAUUAUGUUCAGUAUCUAUGCAGAGCUCAGCUCCUCAGCCCGGGAAGAGGAUCCUCAGUCUACAGUCGAGCAUUUCCUCUCCCUCUACGCUGGCCUGACCCAGGCGGGGCUUGUUGCUGACUCCCUGCUGAAGACUCUCCCCUUAGAGGAUGGCAGAGAGGAGCCCGUGGAGCCGCCAUUCUCAGAGGAGCUGCUGAAGGCUGCCGCUGACAGCCAGAAACAUGCCACCUCAUGGGUACGUGCCGCCUUGGCCACCGAUCUCUCUGGCUUCACUGUGUUUAGGAGAUCCUCUGCCAAUUGCACAGCCGGCGCUGGUGGUGCCGCCAGUGCUGCUCCGUUGGUUAUUCUCGAUGGCAGCUCGAAGAUGCCAGCUUCUGGUGGACCUCCGGUGAAGACCCGUCUCCCCCGAUUGCCCAUUGCUGGCGGUGGCAGUACCACCAUGUUGAGAGGGAAGCCGAAGGCCUCUGCUGCUGCCGCCUUGGUGAAUUCUCCGCCGCCUGAGUGGGACCGGGGAGAGGGCCUCGAGGAGGUGGCAGAGCUGGCCAGGAGCCUGAGGGUGGAGUCAAGGGACUGGUUCCUGGGGUUUGUUGACAGGUUUUUGAAUGGUGAGGUGGAUCCAGCUGACUUGUCCGACAAGGCCCGGGUGGCCAGCAUGCUCUCACAGCUCAAGAGGGUCAACGACUGGUUGGAGGAAGUUGGUCGGCCGAUGGCGGUAGGGGAAGAAGUUGGCAGCGCUGGCGGUGGCAGCAGCACUGAAGGUAGUCAAGUCCCACCGGAGAUGAUCGACCGCCUCAGGAAGAAGAUAUAUGACUAUCUGCUGACUCAUGUGGAGUCCGCUGCUGUUGCCCUUGGGGCUGGCGGUGGUGGCGGCGGUGGCGGUGGGGUGUCGGCCACUCCAGCAGGCAGUGGCGGCGGCGAGCGGCAUAGUCGGAGAUGA